AUGAGUGAAGCUGUGGUUUUCAAACUGAUUGCUGAGCAAUCACAAAAAUGUCUUGUCCACCUAGAUAGAGAUGGACAAUGCAUAUACUCUGAGCUAACCUCCUCUGCUAAAGAAGAUAACCCACAACCUGCUGUGGAGCAGUUCUUGACCCUCCAUGCAAGCUUGAAUAAUGCUCGCACAAUAGCCGAUUCUCUGUCUAAAACUAUUACAGUUGAUUCAUCUCCAGAUCCUGAUGACAACCCAUCAGAAGAAGUACUAAAGAUCACAUCAGAGAGACGCAAAUGUGCAGCCUCUUGGGUUCAAGCUGCAUUGGCCACCAAUCUGUCAUCUUUUUCUGUAUUUACAAAAGGAACAACUUCAGCUCCCACGCAAGGCCAAAAGACUACCGCUAGUAAUCAACCUGUUUUAGUCCUUGAAAAUUCUUCGAAGAAUCCAUCAACAAAAACUCAAGGGAAAACCCGUCCAUCUGUUGGCUCCAAGCUUGUAGCCACAGGAGCUUUUCGCAAAUCAGGGGAUAAUUCUGCCGUCAGUCAGAAGAUGCCGCACCAACCUCCACCUGAGUGGACCAGAGGAAGCGGCCUUGACGAGGCCGUGGACUUGGCUGAAAUGUUGCAAAUGGAAUCCCAGGAUUGGUUCCUGGGAUUUGUUGAUAGAUUCUUGGAUGCCGACGUGGAUUCCUCAACUUUGUCAGAUAAUAGUCAAAUAGCAGGCAUGUUGACUCAGCUGAAGAGUGUGAAUGACUGGUUAGAUGGGAUGGGUUCAAACAAGGAUGAAGGAGAAACACCCCAUGUUUCAUCAGAGACAGUGGACAGACUUAGGAAGAAGAUUUACGAAUAUCUUCUUACACACGUUGAAUCUGCUGCUGCUGCACUAGGCGGUGGAUCACAAUCAUCAUCAAGGCUCGACAACACAGACGCAAAAACGAAAAGGUAA